AUGAGAAAAAACCAAGGUGAUAACGCUUCCUUCCUACUUCCUCCCUUCCCCCACCACCACCACCUCUUCCCCUGCACUGUAUCCGCCUCCCAUCUCCCGUGCCGCUCCCCCAUCCCUUCCCCACGCUGCUCUCAUCCGCCAUUCCCCCUGCCCCUCCGCGCCCCACCCCCCUCCCAUCCCCUCCCCCCCACCACGCGCGCAUGGUGUGGUGUGGCUACCACACCAGGCGGCCCAAAGCUGCGGCGCUGGUACGGCGCAGCUGACACUCUGCCCAGGGAUGGCGCUGGUGAGGCAUGGGCGGGGAUACAGUGCGGUGGGGUGGUGUUGAGAAGGGGAAAGGCAGAGUUGGACGAGGACGAGGAAGGCGAGGAGACGGAGGAGGAGGGGGAGGAGGAAGAGGGGGGAGGGGAUGCAGUGUUGGUCACAGAUGCUGACUCGGACACAGGCCAGAUGGUGGUGUUGCAGCUGAUAUUGGCGCGCAGGAGGGUGAGGGUGCUCGUGAAAGACGCCAAGGAGGCCACUGCUGGAUUCGGGCCCUACGUGCAGCCCAUAGCAGGGUCGGUGGCGGAACAAGCAGCAGUGCGAGCUGCGCUCAGGGGCAGUCAGGCAGUCAUAGUCACGGGCCGGCUGGGAUCGCUGGCACAACUGCUACAGGGGAGCAAAGUGGAGCAUGUGGUGCUGGUAUCCCAGCUGGGGGCUUCGUCGCGCCCAUCAGGUCUGGCGGGGCUGCUCUGGUCCGCAUCGCCGCUGGCAGCGGCGGCAGACGCCGAGGCAGCUCUGGCUGCUGCUGCUGUGGCGGCAGGUGGUGACGGGGAGAGGGGAGCAGCAGGGGAGGCGCGGAGGCGGGGGUUUGGGUGCACGGUGGUGCGAGGGGGGAAGGUGGUGGAUGAACCUGGCCGGCAGAGAGGGCUGCUGCUGGGACAGGGCAACACCAUGAAAGGGAGCGUGUCACGGGAGGAUCUGGCAGCCGUGGUGGCGGCAGCGCUGGCAGUGCCUCCGCCUUCCCAGCACAGACGCAUCAUUGAGGUGGGCGUGUGGGUGGGGUGGGGAGAGUGUUGGGUUUGUGCCUGUCCGCCAGGUGUGGUGGUCUUCACGGUCUUCACUGCCGGCGCCACGUCCGCAUCGCACGGGCCACUUCUCCUACCAGAUCGUCCCCAAGGCCGCAGCGCGGCUUCUGUUGCGUCUGCCGCUCAUGCCAGACCUCUUGUGUCGAAAGGAAAGACCACCAUGAAGUAUGUGGUCAACCUGCGUCCCACCAAGGUCAACGGAAAAAUAGUUGGCGACAAAGGCGCAUCCGGAAAAGUGGUUCUCAAGGUGGUCAGGUACUCUGCAACGUCAUACUAUCACCACUAUGUUCUCCAAGUCUUGAACAUCAAAUCUGAAGGAAAGGCUCCUAGAAUCCGUCGCACGACAACCCACAUCAACAGCCGUUAUGUGGAUUGUGGCGACGACUUCGGCGGCGGCCUGAGCGAGAAGCUGUCGCCCUUCAUUGCACGACAUGGACCGAAUGGGGUGCGGAGAGUGGAGGUCGAGUGGGUUGACUCCGACGGCCGGCCCACUUCUCACUGCUACGUGCUGCAUGAUUCCCCCCUUGAAGGCUACCCCAUUGCAGGGACCCAUGAGCGAUGCGUGGAGCAGUGCACGGCGAUGGCGGAGGCGCUCGUGCAUAACCUGGAUGAGCGAUUGGGUUCACUCGACAAGCUGAGCGGUGUGAAGCUGUUCAUGCCCGACGAGUGGCCCCAUGGACGGCAGGAGCGUUCCAUGGACUGCACGGAGCACCUUGAGUCCCUCACGACGCUCUUCAGGGCCCAAGAGGCGUACAAGAAGCGCAAGCCCAUCACAACAGUGGCAGCACCAAAGAAGCAACCUAGUGCUAAGGGGAAAGAGAAGGUGGACGAGGAUGAUGCUGGUGGUGCUGGCUCUGGGUGGGGGACAGAGACCCGUGUGCACAGGCACGGUUCUAUGAGCGAUGGUGGUGGUAGUGACGAAGAUGAAGACAUGUGUGUGAUGUGA